GAUCUCGGGCUUGGGCUUGACCUUGUCGAGAGUCGACAUCGGCGCAUCGCCGAGCGGCCUGGCUUCCAGCUCUGGCCAUACAAUCGCAGGUUCGAGUCGCGUGCCCGUGACUCUGAGUCUGACGGCCGAUCCGGCGCUGGGCACGCAACCGCACCGAUUCACCAUCUUGACCAAUCUCCCCGGGCCGCAGAUGCCAACGCUCAACGCAAAGACUUCGAAAUGUCCGUCCGUCGCAAUGGUCGAGUUGGCGGUUGCUCGGCGCUCGAAUGCACGAAGCACGGACUCGAACGAGCUGGCGGAAACCGAGAAAUGCAGUGAGACGGCACAGCAGAUAAGCCACAAAGAGAUUGAGGACAGAAGAAUUCAGGUGGGACAACAGCAUUUUGACGCAUCUUUUCAUCUCCAAGUCACUUUAGUUGGGCAAAUCUAG